AUGAACCUCUUCCUCCCCCUCCUCCUCCUUCUGUCCUCUGCCCUCCCCGCCCAAGAGAUCGACGUCGACGUCGCCAUCAUCGGCGCCGGCCUCUCCGGCCUCUCCGCCGCGAAAGAGAUCUCCGCCGCGGGCAAAACCUUCGCGAUCUUCGAAGCACGCGCGCGAGUCGGGGGGCGCGUCCUCAACGCGCCACUCCCCAACGACAGCAUCGAGGAAGUCGGGGCUGAGUUCGUCGGCCCGACACAGGACCGCGUGCUCGCACUGGCCCACGAACUCAACCUCACCACGUACCCGACCUACAGCGACGGGAACUGCAGUCUGCUGCGCAACGGCACCGUCACCGAAUAUGCCUGCGAGGGGGGCCUUCCGCCCGUCAGCGCCGAAGCGCAGAUCGAGCUGGCCUCGUUCCAGCAGCAUCUCAACAGUCUCGCGGCGGAGAUCGAUGUCCAGGCGCCGUGGACCCAUCCCAACGCGUCGCUGUGGGAUAGCAUGACCCUGGCGUCGUAUGUUGCGGCGCAUUUGGGCCAUGCGGACGCGCGCUUUCUCAUGGAGACCGCCAUCACGGGCAUUCUGUCCACGGAGCUGAUCGAGCCCUCGCUCCUGUAUACCCUCUCCUAUAUCGCCGCGGCCGGGAACCGCUCGUUCCCGGGGACUCUGGAUCGUCUGACCGGCGUGGCGGGCGGGGCGCAAGAAAGUAGGAUCCACGGCGGCACGCAACUCCUGGCGCUGCGCCUGGCGGAGCGUCUCGGCUUGGAGCACAUCCAUCUCAACAUGGCCCACCAAAAUCAUCAUCGCGCUCCCCCGCCCCUCGCCGCCCGAAUCAUCUAUCAACCCCCCCUCCCAGCGGCCCGCGACCAACUCACCCAGCGCAUGGCAAUGGGCUCCCUCGGCAAAGCCAUCGCCAUCUACCCAUCGCCCUGGUGGCGCUCCGCACCCUCCCACCUCAACGCGCAAGGCCUCUCCGACACCGGGGCCGUGCGAAUAACAUUCGACAACACGCCCCCGGGGGCGCGCCCGCCCUUCGGCGCGAUCAUGGGGUUCAUCGUCGGGGACGAGAUGCGGCGGCUCGAUGCGAUGGACGAGAGCCAGGCGGUAGCGGAGGUGGUGGGGAGUUUCGUGGCCCUGUUUGGGCGUCGCGCGGCGAGACCGAGUCGCGUCGUGCUGCAGAGGUGGGAUCGGGAGGAGUUUUCGAGGGGAGGGCCGGUCGCGUUUGCGGGGCCCGGCGUGUUGACGGAGUUGGGGCCCUGGUUUCUCGCCAGAACGAUCCUGACCAUGACCAUGACCAUGUACACUGGCCAAUUACCCAAGACACCAAGUUUAAGAAACAUGUACAUUCCUCUAGAACGUCUACUAUGA